UUGUGUUGAUUCUGCAGAACAAACAGAACAAACGGCAGCGACAUUCUUCUGCUGAUCCGUCGCUGCUUCAGGCGUCUCAGAGAAUCAAAGUCCUCUUUAACCCCCCUCCAGACUCCUCUGUAACUCCUCUAAACUCCUCCUAGCUCCUCCUCUCUUCCAAAGGUCCGAAGACGACCAGAAGAAGAUGGACGAUGACAAGAAGCAGCAGAAAAGCUCCCGGGAAGUUUACUUCAGUGUCCUGCCAGAUAAAUACGAACCUCUAGAGGAGGAGGACGAGGAGGACGAGGAGAGGAAGAGGAGGAAGGAGGAGAAGAAGGAGAGGAAGAAGAAGAAGCACAAGAAGUACAGGAAGAAUGUGAGGAAGGCUCUGGGCUUCAGCUGGAGGUGUUUCCUGGUUGGUCUCCAGUCAAUGGCCGCCGGAUUCAGCGGAGCGAUGGCUGGAUACUCCAUGACGAUCGUGAUUCCCACGGCGACGGAGGAGCGACGAGCCAGAAGGGAACUAUGAUGGGAUGGGAUCCACUUUGUUUGUUUGUUUGUUUGUUUACUUAUUUUAUUCUGCUUUGAUGCUGAAAGUUUCAAACUGUUUACCUGGUACUUCCUGUUUUUACUGUCCAAUAAAAUAAAAACAAACUGCUUCCAUGGUUGGUUCUUUAUGUCCUGAUAUGGUCAGGAGGCGGAGUCAAACUGUCCUUAUAUGGUCAGAUAGGCGGAGUCAAACUGUCCUUAUAUGGUCAGGGAGGCAGAGUUAGGAUUGUCCUUAUAUAGUCAGGGAGACAGUCCUUAUAAGGAUAAAGAGGCGGAGUCUUUAUAAGAUAAAGGGGGCGGAGUCAGUCAUCAUGAGGUAAAGGGGCGGAGUCAGAGCAGUCAUUUUAAGAUAAAGGGGCGGGGUCAGAGCCUCCAGUCUGACAGCAGCUCCUCCAGGACACCAGUUGGACUCUCAGUGUUGGACGCUAAGAUGUCUCCUCUGCAGCUGUCCGUCUACUGGCGUCUGUCCCUCAUCUUCCUCUUCUCGUCCUUCCUCUUCUUCCUCGACAUUCUGUCCGUCGCCGUGGCCACCGACACGUGUUGCCACGACAACAGCAGCACCACAGCCCCGGAGAACAACCAAUCAGGAUCCGUGGACAGAGUUCGGAGGACGGAAAGCGGGAGCCGAGACUCAGUGUGCUGGUGGACAGACUGGUUGUCCUCCGGUCAGACUCUCUUCAUGUCCGGUCUGCUGCUGGGAUCUCUGGUAGGCGGAACCAUCUCUGACCGGUACGGCUCGCGUCCGACGCUGCUGGUGUUUGUGUGCGUGCACGUCAUGUGCAGCCUCGUACCCACUGUCCUUCCUCAGCCCCUCGUCUUCCUCGCUGUCCGCUGCCUGGCCGGAGUCUGCAACAGCAUCAUCAACAUCAGCGGCUUCUGCCUCGCGGUGGAGUGGACUGUCCCCUCGGCUCGUCUUUGGCCGUCGGCCUUCCUGCCGUUCUGUUUCAGUCUGGGGACGAUGGGCGGAGCUCUGCUGGCCUGGCUCAGCCCCACCUGGAAGCAGCUCCACCUGUCGCUGGCCGUGCCGCAGCUCGUCUGCUUGCCGCUCUACCUUUCCAUCCCAGAGUCUCCUCGCUGGCUGCUGCUCAGGAGGAGGAAGGAUGUUCUGGAGCGUUACUGUAGCAACAGCCCCAGAGACCAGCAGUGUCUGGACCAGCUGCUCGACUUGGCCUGUUCUGACCUGAAGAAGGUUCAGAAGGAAGAAUCUGUUGCAGGCCACGCCCACAGUGACAUCAUCACCCACCUGAGACACCCUACCGUCCUGCUACGGCUAAUCAUCAUGAGCUACCUCAGCGUAGCAUCGGCGCUAACCUACUUUGGGAUUUGCAUGAACAUUGGCUCAUUUGGCGUUGGCAUUUACUCCGCCCAGUUUUUCUCUGGCCUAUCAGAAGCUCCUUGCCUGCUUGUCCCAUUGGUUCGCCUAGGACGCCGACCAAUCAGCAUGCUCACUCUGUUCCUGAGCGGCGCUGCCUGCUUCCUGUCACUGCUGCUGUCCAGAUGCAACAGUGAGCCGGUGCUGGUGAUGAGUUUGGCUCUGAUGGGGAAACUCUGCAUCCUGGCAACCACCUCCAUCUCCAUCCUGUACUGCAUCGAGCUGUUCCCCACCGUGGUCAGGCAGCGCUGCGUGUCGUUGGUCAACUUGUCUUUCCGACUCGGCUCAUUGGUCAACACCCUCGUGCCCUCGAGUCCCAAUGGAGCGAUCUCAUUGGCUGCCAUGGUGGUGUACAGCGGUGGGCCAAUCAUAGGCUGUGGUCUUUGCCUGCUGCUGCCGGAGACAAGCAGCGUCCCGCUACCUGACUCGGUGGAGGACUGUGACCGGCAGCCGAGGCCCCGUACCCCCAGCCUCUGGUGGACGAGGAAGCUGUUGAGCCGAAGCAGGAAACCAGAGAAUCUCCCUGCAGAGAAGGACGCCUUGAAACAACUCACUGGACUGAUUUAAAGAAAACGGCUUCCAUAAUUCCUCGGAAUCAGAUGAAAAUAUGUGAGGAAGAACAAAACAAACGACUUCACGUCAUCAUUUAUAAAAACAGUUUCACGGUUCAGACACAGCUGUGGAGGAAUUAUUCGUCUACUAGCAAAAAAGUAAUCUAUUAUGAGUUAAAAUGACGUAAAAACAUCAGAAAACAUUUAUUUUUCUAAAGUAAUGGUUUAAUUGACAGUCAGAUUUAGCAUUUUAUAGAUUUAGCUACCAUCCUUUAAUUAUGUGGAACAACUAAACCACCAACAGAAUGGAUAAUAGUUGUGGUUUUAGCUAAAGCUAGGCAUGGCUAUACAGUUUUUCCACAGAGCUAAAUGAGGCAGUCGAUUCCAUGCAAGAUGCUAAUGCUAACUAGCUUAGCAGAUCUGAAAAAAAUAAAGUCACAACCUCUAACUGUAUGCAGCUUUGUGUCUAAACUUCAAAUUCCAUGUAUUAAAUGUGUAAAUAAAUGUACUGAUCACAUUGAUUUAAACAUACAGACCAAUAAAUAUAAAUAGUGGCUAAUUAGCUUAGCAUAUUAGCCGCCAUCUCAGCUUUUCAAUCCAAGAGCUCCGUAAAUGAAAAACAUUCUUGUCAUUUGUGGGUCAAUUUGUAAGAAAUCAGGCAGAAAAAUGAUGUGAAAGUAUAAAAAUAGGAAGUUUUAAUGUUUAUAAACAAACUAUUUUUAAUAAAAGGUUAAAAAUAUGGAUUUGAUUUAAAAAUAUAGUUUCUCAUCCAGGUUUCUUUUGUGGUUCUGUUGUUUGUUAAUUUGUUUGCUUUUUGGUUGUCAUUUUGUUUUGUUUUUAUAAAUUUAUUCAAAAGACGUGUUUAGAAGUGAAUUGAUGUGUGUUUUGGUUUAAUUCCUGCAGCUACAGCGCCACCCACAGGACAAAAUAUGGAACUGCAGCUUCAUUCACAGAAUUAGAUUAAUACUUUAAAGCUCAGUGAAAUUUAAACUUUAACUGUGAAAUAAUUCAAACUGAUUUCUUUAACAUUUGUGAUUUUCUGAAAGGCGCCUUUAAAUAACAUUUAUUAUUUACUAUUAUUAUUAUUAUUAUUAUUAUUAUUAUGUUUAGAUUUUUUUAAAUAAAAAAAUGUAUUUAAAAAAAACCUGAGAAAUGUCACAGAAAUGUUAAGAAAAUGUCAACAACUUUCCUGAAAAUUUAAAUGAAAUGCUUAAAAUUUUUUCCUACAACAAUUCAACUACAUUUCUUUAAAACAAACAAAAUUCCUGAAUAUUCACCAUAAAAUGUCAUUUAAAAAAUACCAUUAGAAAU